AUGGCCAGGGAGGCUUCCUCGGUCCGGCCGGAAGACUCCGCCGCCGCCACGCCUGGCGCCGGAAGCGGCGGGUGUCCUCCGCAAAUGAGUCCGGGCGCGGCCGGAAGCGGAGAAGGGGCCGGGCGGGCCAUGGCGAGGGCUGGGCUCGGGAGGGCCGGGGGCGUCCGCCGAGGCCCGGGGCAGUGGCGGCCUCCGACGUGGGAGAUCUCGGAUUCGGACGCCGAGGGCCCGGCUGGCGCGGAGACCCCCGCGAGGGCCCGGGACCCGGUUGGAGAGCGCAGGCCGGCGGCCGAGGCGCUGCGGCGGCUGCGGCCCGGGCAGGUGGUGCGUCGCCUGGCGGUGCUCGUGGACCCAGCCGUCCUGGAAGACGCCGGUGCCGACACCCUGAUGGAGGCCCUGCACGCCCUGGGCUGUGAGCCCCGCGCGGAGCCGCAGCGCCCGGCGCGGAGCCUCCGCUGGAGCCGAGCGAGCCCAGACCCUUGUCCGCGCGGUGUGCCCCCUGAGGUGUGGGCUGAGGAUGAGCCCCACGUGCUGCGGCUGCUGGAGCCUGAAGAGUUUGUGCGGGGCGUUGUCCAGCUGACCCAGGUAUGUGGCCCGACCUGUUCCGUGCCCUGGGUCACACCUGAGAGCCCUGCCUGUCUCCAUCUAGCUGUCAUCGGGCUGGACACUUACCUGUGGUCUCAGCAGCCCACCGCCCAGGAGACACAGCAGCCAGAGCAUCCAGCGGUCACUGGCACUGAGGCGGCGGUCGGCUGGCCUGAGGUGGAGGAGGCCCUGGUGCACCUGCAGCUCUGGGCGAACGUGGACGUGCUGCUGGUGGCCUCCUGGCAGGAGCUGAGCCAACACGUGUGCGCCUUCACCAAAGCCCUCGCCCAGCGCCCCUUCAAGCAGGCCCGGGAGUCUGGGGCCUUCCCCUUCUGCACCUCUGGGCGCUGGACGGCAGGCGAGCGAGUGGCCAGAGACGGCAUGGGGCUGCGGGGGGCCUGGUGGCAGCAGUUCAGGCAGUUCAACCGCGUCAGCCCAGCCGUGGCCGAUGCCGUUGUCAGCGCCUUCCCAUCCCCCCGCCUGCUGCAGCAGGCGUACGUGGCCUGUGGCACGGAGCAGGAGCGCCUGGCCCUGCUGGCUGACCUCCCGGUGAAGACGGGCAAGCGAGCGCCACCCCGCAGGGUGGGGCCCGACCUCUCCCGCCGCAUCUGCCUCUUCCUGACCACCACUGACCCCGACCUCCUGCUGGACCUGGGCUCCUGAGCAGGCCCGUGGGUUGCACAGGGCCUCCCCCGCCUGCAGGCAGGAGUGAACACAGCCUCCCAGGGGACCCGUGGCAAACCACGGCAGGUGGACAUCAGACUUCGAGUUUAUUAUGGUCACUUUCAGCCCCAGACAGGAGGAACAGAGCUGACAACAUGCAAAGCAAGUUAAGAAAAACGUGAGGCCGGUGGUGCCAGGGAGAGCCCACCUCUCAAGUUGCGUCCUCCUCGCAGGCAGCAGCCCAUAGGCCCCCAGCCCCUUCCCUGCCAGCCCCCCAGACCUGAACCCAGAUGCGCUGGGGCGGCAGCUGUUCUCAUGCCCAGCACCAGAGCAGACAGGCUGGGUCUUGGGGUCACAGGGCUAACGGCCGGGAGCCCCUGUGGUGAGGCCCAUCCCAACCUCAGGCAGCAGAGGGGCAGCGGGACAAACCUCGGCUCGGUCCUCCCCUCGGCGGCCCUGGGGCAGUCCACAGGCAGGGGCGGGGACUACGCCGUCCCAGCCCCGGGGGUCUCGAUCAGGGAGCAGGCUAGGUCCUUCGGCAGCGCUUCCGCUGGCAGCGCCGGGGCUCUGGGCUGCUGGCCGAGGGCGAGGGCUCGGGGGGCUGGCGGCUCAUGCUCAGGACCCAGCCCAGCUUGUGGUGCAGCACCUGCUUGAGGCCAGGCGGCAGGGGCAGGCCCUCGAGCGUGUCCCCCGAGCCGGGCCGCAGCUGGCGCAGGCGGUAGCAGCACAGGUACUGCAGGGAGGUGACGCUGGCGCACGAGCGGAUCACCUUCAUGCUGCUCUUGGCCGCCGUGGAGCACACCAUCGGGUAGAACCUCUUGUUCUGCAGCUGCGUGGCCGCCACGCCUGGGGCAGCGGGAGGAACAGCCUCAGGGCACUCAGCCCCCCCAGGGGCUCUGACCCUGCUCCCUGGGGCCACAGUAGGUCUCGGCCUCACCUAUGCACUUCCUGUUCUUGAAAAAGGUCAGCGUCCCAUGCCAGGUGUCCAGGUGCACACCGAUGAUGGAGCCCUGGCCGAACCUCGAGGAGAAGCUCGUCUUGUCACCCUUGUGGUGGAGGAGGCCUGGGGGUAGCAGGGUCGGGUGAGCCCCACAGCCUGGGGGCCCCAGCCCCGCCCGCCCGGGCCCUACGCACCUGUGUAGGAGAGGCCCCAGCUGUCCUCGUCCCGGCCGAGCAGGCUGCAGAAUGUGUGGUGGUACUUGUCCAGGUCCACGUCCGACGUCCCGAUGCCCACCAUCUGGGAACGGGGGCGGGCAGAGGGGGCAGGGGACCAAGGCGCCUGGCAGCACCCCCACCUCCUGGCCCCACCAGCCACUCACCAUGUCCGUGCCGUAGACGGGUGACGUCAUCUUGAUCUCCCAGAAGUGCUGGCCCUCCCCCAGCUCCUUGGUGCCCCGGAUGGCGGCCGUGCCACAGCUGUACUCCAUGUGGAAGCUGACCUUCCGGUUGUCACAGCUCAGCAGGGUGGCCGAGGACUUGUUCAGGUCAUCCCAGACCCAGUCGAAAUCUGCGAGAGCGAGAGGCCCCGGCUGAGCCCUGGCCCACCCCGUGGCCCCGCCCGCCGCGGCCCGGCACUCACACUCGUCCUCCUCGCCGCAGCGGCAGUCCCGGCCCCGGUGGGCGGCGUGCAGGCUGCUGCAGAAGGCCUCACUCUGGCUCUCACAGUCGCAGAAGGACUCCCCAGUCACGGGCACGGCGCUGGGGAUGGAUGACGGCAGGGACGCGCACUCAGGGUCGGAGUCUGAGUCACUGUGCUGAAGGACAUAGGAGAUGUCGCCGCCCAACUUGCCGGCACUGGCCCAGCCACCCUCCACCCACCUGCCCCGCUGCAGGCCCAUGGCUCAACAGCCGGACGUCCCAAGGAAGAGAGCUGGGGCUUGGCCUCCAGAGGACCACCACGGCCCCGGUACACAGCCAGCCGCUGCCACCACGGACACCUCUUCUGGCCUCCUCCUCAAAGGCCGACCAUGAGGAAGCUUCCUGGGAAUGGAGUUGAGAGCCCUGGAGGCCCAGUGGCUUAUCAGCCCCCGGCGGGGCUGCACACUCAGCCAUCCCUCAAGGUCAAGAGCUCCUAGGUCACGGAUACACAGGGGAGCCCGUGGCAAAGCCCAUCACUGACCUAACGAAGGCAGCUUGGUCUCCCUGGAGCAGCAGCUGGGCUCCUGGGGCCCGAUUGCUGUGGCAGGGCCUGCACACCUGGCCCAGACUGCGGCUCCCCGUCUGUGCCCAGGGCAGCUCAACCCCCAUCACAGGGCCCUGCUGAGGGAGCCCUGCGGUCGCAGGCCCUCUGCACGGGGGCUCAGUCCUCACAGGACAGACUCUAAGCCUUAGGGGCCCGAUGUCAGCCCAGCACCAGACGCCAAGGCUGAACUGGUCAGGUUCCGGAGACCAGCUGACCAGACCCUCCUGAAAGCCAGCUAGGGUGCCUCCAAACACCCACCUGGGCUCCAGACCCCAGCCAGCCAGCAAGGGCCCAGGGCACAGACCGCUUCCACGUGCCUGCGCUGAACUCUCCCAGCUUGGCCUGGCCUCCUGGUCAGGCUCAGGCCUCUGCCCUCACUCUCCUGGCCUCUGGGUGCCCCUCUGGCCCAAAAUGCCCUCUGCACAGCAGUCCAGUGGACCUAUUCAGACCUGAGAUUCUGCUCCCCUGAGAGCAAAGUCAACAGACUUACCCUCCUCAGACAGCAUCAGUAACCCCACACGGCCCCCUGUCCUGCCCACCCUGUCCCCUUGGGGUCGGGGUGGGGUCUGUUCGCCCCUGGAUCUCUCUUGAAUACCGGUUCAAAGAGGCUCUGCCAGGCCUGGGCUUUGUGUCCUCUUCCUUCCUGUCGGCUCCCUGCACACCUGCCUCCUCCCCCCAGGAUGGAGUCCCUGCUUGAUCAUACUCAGCCCUGAGCACAACA